GUAUCCCCCAGACCCUAAUGCCUCUCUGGUUGCCAUAUGUAUAACGUCUGGCGAUUACAGUAAACCCUUUAGAUGGGACGCGUCCACCCUCUCGUUUCCUUUCGUCCGUAUGUUGGUUUCCCCGCACUUUACACGUUGAGUCCAUGUAAAGUGGGGAAGUUGCCACCUCCAUCUCAUAACUUCUUUCCACUACAUCCAAAGCACGUCGAUCAGCUAUUCGGCAACGAUGUCUGACAGCCUCCUUGAUGAGAUGGCCAUCAGGGCCCUGGUCGUAGAGGAGAGAUACUGCCGCGACACCGACCAGUUCGAAGCCCUCCGGCGCUGCUACCAUCCAGACCCAUCGAAAACAUUCAUCGACAUUAUCAGGUACCACGGCGACAUCGACGGCUUUUUGGAAAGGUCCAGCAGUAUGGCGGGGCAGGGAACCAGCUCUAUCCAUACAAUAAACCCCGUCCAGAUCACGCUCAACGGGGAUAAGGCGUUUUCUGUAUCACUUGGCAGCAUUAUCUCCCGAUUCUCCCAGGACGGCGUAGACUACGAUCUUGUUUCGCAAUGCCGGUUUCUGUCGCGGCUGGAACGCACGGGCGAGGAAGCGAGGAGGGGCUGGAAGAUGUUGAGUAUGCAGGUCAUCUACGUCCAGGACGCAAUCACCCCGGCCUUUCCAGCGGAGCUUAGGGACGACGUUAACGAUGCCGUUGGUGAGGGAAUGGCGUCGCGAGAGAGCUACAGGGGUCUGGCGUAUGUUCUCGCGCAGAUGGGGGACCCGGUGACGGACACUCUUCCGGGGACGGACGAUCCGGGUAGUGUUGAGGCACUGCAGCAGCAGAAUCUCUCGUGGGUCCAUGAAUAAGCUUAUGAUCUGGGGUUGGAGUGACGCUGUAGUCUUAAUUGUUUCCUACUACUAUGUUGAGUGGAGCGUAUGUCAGCAUGGGAAAUGGGGUGUCCAGCUGUCAAGGAGGACGAGCAAUAUUGGUGAGAAAGCGCGGAGGUGGAAGUUUAACCUUUCAGGCAACUAGAAUUAUAUUACUUGAUAUUGUGCAGCUUAUUAACUCCGUCCUUGCCUUGAAUUAUCGACUUGUUACACUCUAC